CUCGCUCCGCCGCCGCGAUGGUGAAGGAGCAGUUCAGGGAGACCGAUGUGGCCAAGAAAAUAAGCCACAUAUGUUUUGGCAUGAAAUCUCCAGAAGAGAUGCGUCAGCAAGCUCACAUCCAAGUGGUCAGCAAGAAUUUGUAUAGUCAGGACAACCAUCACUCUCCACUGCAAUAUGGAGUGCUGGACCAUCGCAUGGGAACCAGUGAAAAAGACCGUCCCUGUGAAACCUGUGGGAAAAGUCUGGCUGACUGUUUAGGGCAUUAUGGGUACAUUGACUUAGAGCUACCAUGCUUUCACGUUGGGUACUUCAAAGCUGUGAUAGGCAUCUUACAGAUGAUCUGCAAAACCUGUUGCCACAUCAUGCUGUCAGUGGAAGAAAAAAAGCAGUUUUUAGAUUACCUAAAACGACCUGGCCUUACCUAUCUUCAGAAGAGAGGGCUAAAAAAGAAAGUGUCUGAGAAGUGCCGAAAGAAAAACACGUGUCCUUACUGUGGGGCCUUUAAUGGAACUGUGAAGAAGUGUGGUUUGUUGAAGAUAAUACAUGAAAAGUACAAGACAAAUAAGAAAGUCGUAGAUCCAAUAGUAUCUACUUUUCUCCAGUCCUUUGAAACUGCCAUUGAAUAUAACAAAGAAGUAGAACCCUUACUGGGAAGAGCUCAGGAAAACUUGAAUCCUUUGGUGGUAUUGAACCUCUUUAAAAGAAUCCCAGUGGAAGACAUCCCUCUACUUCUAAUGAACCCCCAAGCAGGUAAACCUUCAGAUCUGAUCCUCACACGACUCCUGGUGCCCCCGCUGUGUAUCAGACCCUCUGUUGUGAGCGAUUUGAAAUCUGGCACCAAUGAGGAUGAUUUGACAAUGAAACUGACAGAGAUCAUUUUCCUCAAUGAUGUGAUAAAAAAGCAUAGGAUAUCAGGAGCCAAAACACAGAUGAUAAUGGAAGACUGGGAUUUUCUUCAACUGCAGUGUGCCCUGUACAUUAAUAGUGAGCUCUCUGGCAUACCCCUCAACAUGGCACCUAAAAAAUGGACCAGAGGUUUUGUUCAGAGACUUAAGGGAAAGCAAGGUCGGUUUAGAGGCAAUCUGUCUGGAAAGAGAGUGGAUUUUUCUGGCAGAACAGUCAUUUCACCUGAUCCUAACUUAAGAAUAGAUGAAGUAGCAGUGCCUAUUCAUGUUGCUAAAAUAUUGACCUUUCCUGAAAAGGUGAACAAAGCAAAUAUUAAUUUUAUGAGGAAACUUGUCUGUAAUGGUCCUGAUGUUCAUCCUGGAGCAAACUUCAUACAGCAAAGGCACACCCAAAUGAAAAGAUUUUUGAAAUACGGGAACCGAGAGAAGAUGGCCCAGGAGCUGAAGUUUGGUGACAUUGUGGAGCGACAUCUGAUAGAUGGUGACAUCGUCCUGUUCAACCGACAGCCCUCUCUGCACAAGCUGAGCAUCAUGGCUCACAUUGCUAGAGUAAAACCUCAUAGGACAUUCAGGUUCAAUGAAUGUGUCUGUACACCAUACAAUGCAGACUUUGAUGGAGAUGAGAUGAACCUUCACCUUCCUCAGACAGAAGAGGCAAAAGCAGAAGCACUUGUUUUAAUGGGGCCUGUAACACUCUGGACAGGAAAACAGGUUUUCAGCCUCAUUCUCAAACCCAGUGAUGAUUGUCCUGUAAAAGCCAACCUACGAACAAAGGGCAAACAGUAUUGUGGCAAAGGGGAGGACCUGUGUUACAAUGAUUCUUAUGUCACAAUUCAAAACAGCGAGUUAAUGAGUGGCAGUAUGGACAAAGGAACACUGGGGUCAGGAUCCAAGAACAACAUCUUCUACAUCUUGCUGAGAGACUGGGGCCAGGUGGAAGCUGCAGAUGCCAUGUCACGUCUGGCCAGGCUUGCUCCAGUCUAUCUUUCUAAUCGUGGCUUUUCAAUUGGAAUUGGUGAUGUAACCCCUGGGCAGGGCCUGCUAAAAGCUAAGUAUGAACUCCUGAAUGCUGGCUAUAAGAAAUGUGAUGAGUAUAUUGAAGCUCUGAACACUGGCAAGCUACAGCAGCAGCCUGGUUGUACUGCAGAAGAGACACUAGAGGCCUUAAUCCUUAAAGAACUGUCUGUUAUCAGAGAUCAUGCUGGCAGUGCCUGUCUCAGAGAACUGGACAAGAGCAACAGUCCCCUGAUCAUGGCUCUCUGUGGUUCUAAAGGCUCCUUCAUUAACAUAUCCCAGAUGAUUGCUUGUGUGGGGCAGCAGGCUAUCAGCGGGUCCCGUGUUCCUGAUGGGUUUGAGAACAGGUCCUUGCCUCACUUUGAGAAGCAUUCUAAGCUCCCUGCAGCAAAAGGCUUUGUUGCGAACAGCUUCUAUUCUGGGUUGACUCCCACUGAAUUUUUUUUCCACACAAUGGCUGGUCGAGAAGGUCUGGUUGACACAGCUGUAAAAACAGCUGAAACUGGGUAUAUGCAGAGACGUCUGGUAAAAUCCCUUGAAGAUCUUUGCUCACAGUAUGAUUUAACAGUCAGAAGUUCUACUGGUGACAUUAUACAGUUUAUUUAUGGAGGAGAUGGCUUGGAUCCUGCAGCUAUGGAAGGAAAGGAUGAACCACUGGAAUUCAAGAGAGUUCUAGACAAUAUCAGGGCUGUCUAUCCGUGCCGAAGUGAACCAGCCCUUAGCAAAAAUGAGUUGGUGUUAACAUCCGAGUCCAUCAUGAAAAAGAAUGAAUUUCUUUGCUGCCAAGACAGUUUUCUACAGGAAAUUAAAAAAUUCAUCAAAGGUGUUUCUGAGAAGAUAAAAAAAACUAGGGACAAGUAUGGAAUUAAUGACAAUGGCACAACAGAGCCAAGAGUUUUAUAUCAGUUGGAUAGGAUUACUCCAACACAACUAGAGAAGUUUCUAGAGACUUGCAGAGACAAAUACAUGAGGGCACAGAUGGAGCCUGGUUCUGCAGUAGGAGCUCUUUGUGCACAGAGCAUUGGUGAGCCAGGCACACAGAUGACUCUGAAGACUUUCCAUUUUGCUGGUGUUGCUUCAAUGAAUAUUACUUUGGGUGUGCCAAGAAUCAAAGAAAUCAUUAAUGCUUCAAAGGCUAUUAGCACCCCUAUUAUAACAGCACAGUUGGACAAAGAUGAUGAUCCUGAUUUUGCCCGUCUGGUUAAAGGAAGGAUUGAGAAGACUCUGUUAGGAGAGAUUUCUGAAUAUAUUGAGGAAGUGUUUCUUCCAGAUGACUGUUUCAUCCUAGUGAAGCUGUCUUUAGAGCGCAUUCGACUGCUGAGGUUAGAGGUGAAUGCUGAGACUGUGCGCUACUCAAUUUGCAUCUCUAAACUCAGAGUGAAGCCUGGGGAUGUUGCUGUCCAUGGAGAAGCAGUUGUGUGUGUGACCCCUCGUGAAAAUAGCAAGAGUUCCAUGUAUUAUGUAUUGCAGUCCCUCAAGGAAGAGCUACCAAAGGUUGUAGUGCAAGGCAUACCAGAGGUUUCCCGAGCUGUCAUUCAUGUUGAUGAACAAAGUGGAAAGGAAAAAUACAAACUUCUGGUUGAAGGUGAUAAUCUACGAGCUGUUAUGGCUACUCAUGGAGUGAAAGGAACAAAAACAUCCUCUAACAACACUUAUGAGGUAGAGAAAACUCUGGGAAUUGAAGCUGCUCGGACGACCAUUAUCAAUGAGAUUCAAUACACAAUGGUGAACCAUGGCAUGAGCAUUGACAGGAGACAUGUCAUGUUAUUGUCUGAUCUAAUGACUUACAAGGGUGAAGUUCUGGGCAUUACCAGGUUUGGACUGGCAAAAAUGAAGGAAAGUGUGUUGAUGCUGGCUUCUUUUGAGAAGACUGCAGACCAUCUCUUUGAUGCUGCCUACUUUGGACAGAAGGAUUCUGUUUGUGGUGUUUCUGAGUGCAUCAUCAUGGGAAUUCCAAUGAAUAUUGGAACAGGUCUCUUUAAACUGUUACACAAAGCGGACAAAGAGUCAACCCCUCCCAGGAGGCCUCUGAUAUUUGAUCAUAAUGAAUUUCAUAUUCCCAUUGUUACAUAGCACUUGGACAGAAAACAAGAUAGCAAACCAAGAAAUAGUAAGCAAACAUUAUUUAAAUUAAGCGAAAUGUAUUAUUGCUUCUAUGUGUCUCAGUAGAAGUGAAUUGGUAAGUGAAAUUGUAUCAAAAGAAUUGCCCAGUUGUUCACCACCUGUGGUUAGUACAGAUCCUCAAAGGAGAGAGUGCAUCAGAGAGUGGAAACAAUUUUAAAGUGAUAUUUUUUCAUGUGAUAGUGUCAGCUCUUUCUGUUAACCUUAGUGGGUGCAAGCGGUAUGUAUGCAGUACUGUUAACUCAGUAUUUAUUUAACGUGUAUUCAGAUUUUAUUAAAAACCAGAAAGAAAAUUGCAAUAGAGUUCUGUGAGCUUGCCCAGAGUGCUUUUGGAAGAGUCCUGUCUGCAGGAGCUGCAGAGGUCAGUGCACAGCUUUUGAGAACAGGAACUUCAGAAAGCCGGAACUGAGUCUGUGAUUAAUUCUUUGUGAGUUCAGGAACACUGUUCGAAGUGUUUGAAAUAUUUGCUCUUUGCUUUUGGUACUUUUAAUGGGGUUUCUUUUAUUGCGAAUUAUUAUCCAGUAAAUUAGUUUCCUCCCCAGGAUUCUGUUUUGGGACCAUAUCUACAAGAAGCUGUACAUUGUGGAUGCUACUAAAUUCUGAGAAGACUGUUGUAAGACUAUUGCAAAUGACAGAUAGCUUUUCAUAUGACAGCAACUGUCUUAACUGCUGGAACCAGUAACUUACAGAAGUCCUAGUUUGGGGAAAGUUUCCUAAUUGAGCAGGAUCUGAGCAACCUACUUUGAUUUUGUUAUAUAAAGUAGAAAUUGAAGGGGAUACUGGUUUUAUGCAUUGCUGGCAAAUAAUUUGGAAGUAUUUUUAGCUUUAGUCCACUAAAGCAGUUAUCAGAAUAAAUAUAGAUUUCAAAUCA